GCGGGAACUCGGCAGUAUUCAAAGUUUGACAGCGAUAGAAACAGUAACACAAACGAAAUAAACAAAACGACCAAAAUGUCACUCGCGCCGUAUUGGUUUCGUCAUCUGAGGAAUCUGGCGACUCGCGAUCCUAUCGCCAGGGCUUUCGAGGAUCCAUUCUCAGUGUUUUUGAGGGACCCGUUCUUCAGAGAUCCAGUGAAAUUCAUUAAGGCAGCUACCGCACCGAUCGAACAUGUUGAGGGCGUCUACUCCGACCACGAGCUGAAGAUUGACGGGAAGAAAGUGGAAGUGCAUUUGGAUGUUCAGAAUUUCACUCCGGACCAGAUUCAGGUGAAGACUGUUGGAAACGAGAUCAUGGUGGAAGGCAAGAAGGAGAUUAAAAAGGAAGACGGUUGGACCAGGAGUCAUUUUGAAAGGAGGUUUUUGCUGCCUGAUGGAUUCCCUCCGGAGCGUGUGGAGUGCCACCUUGACAAGGGAAAACUGAAGCUCAUAGCGUUCAGGGCAGAGCCGUUAGAAGAGAGGUCCAUCCCCAUCCAAGACAAGUCCAGUAGCAGCAGUGAGAAUAAAUCGUAGACAAACAGUUGUAAAUACGUUAUUUCGACUUUUUAGUUAUCUUUCAUAGACUGAUUAGUUUAGUUGUACGCAAACGGUACCAAUCUGUUUCGAUACUGUGAUUUUACUUUUUUAAUUGAUUUAAAUAAAAUAAAUGAUUUUAAUUAGGUAUAA